GGAGUUCUCUUGGCUGCUGCCGCCCGGCGGCGCUGGGGCUCCGGGGAGGAGCGGCGGUCCGCGGGAGCUGGGGCGGCUUGCGGACCGGGCCGGCGUCGCUCUCGCCCGUCGUCGCUACCCUCCGACGUGCUCGUUGUUUCGGCCCCGCGCAGCAGCGGCAGCCUCGGGCGGGUGGUCGGGGGAGGAGAGGCGGCCGCGCGGAUGAUGACGGGGCUGGUGGGUAGCCCGGUGGCUGCCGUCAUGCAGGAUAACUUCGGGUGCUCCGUCGCCAAUCGCUUCUACCAGCUCCUGGACGACGAGUCGGACCCAUUCGACGUGCUGCGCGAGGCCGAGCGCCGCCAGCAGCAGAGGAAGAAGCGCGACGAGGCGGCGCCCGCCGCCAGGAGAGCCGUGCCCGGUGGCCGGGGGGGCGGCGGCAAGAGGGAGACGCAGAAGGAGCGCAAGCAGCCGGAGAGCUCUCCUGCACCCGCCCCUGCGGCGCCGCCGCCGCGGCCAGGCCCAAAGCGAGCACCCAGGCAGGUAGAACAACAAGGGUUCAGUAACAGAGGCACAGAGGGAAAAAAAGACAAAACUGAAUGGAGACCAUCUUUCAGAGACUACCGUCCCUAUGGAGCACAAAGAAAAGUGGAAUUCUCAAUGGAACGACCAGUGGAAAGAUUAGACUACGAGAGACCAAUAAGAGGUCGUGGUGGAGGAAGAGGCAGAAUGCGAGGCAGAGGAAGAGGUGGUGGAUUAAAUGGAAGUUUUGAUGGAUUUGACCAAAGAAGAAAACGGGAGCCUGAAAGACAAAGUGGGAAUGAUGAAACAGGAGUGAAAGCAGAUGACAGAAAGGGGGGAGGUGGAGCUUGCUGCUGUAGAGCAAAUGAAGAUAUGAGUGGGACGGAACAGACUGCAUCUAUGGAGGAGACUGUGGAUACUCCUGAACAACCAGGGACAUCUGAAGCAGAGCCUCUGAGCAAAGCUGCUGAAGGAGAACCAAUGGAAGAAGUGGUUCAAGAAAUGACUUUAGAUGAGUGGAAAAAUCUUCAGCAACGGAACCGACCAAAGCCUGAAUUCAACAUCCGGAAGCCAGAAUCCACUGUUCCUUCCAAAGCAGUGGUGAUUCACAAGUCAAAAUAUAGCGAUGAUUUGCAAAAAGAAGACUUUGAAGAUGAUUCUCAUGUCUUUAGAAAACCAGUGAAUGAUAUAACUUCUCAGCUGGAUAUUAAUUUUGGAAGUCUUCCUCACCCUGGCCGUGGAUCAAGAGGAGCACGAAGUGGUCGUGGUCGUGGCAGAAGACCUGAAGAGACAGGACCUCGACCAGAAGUAGUGGUACAGCUUGUUGCUCCAAAUCCCGAUGACCCUGAGGAUUUUCCGGCUUUAGUUUAAAGACCCAUCGUGAAUGGUGGUAUCUCAAAGUUGCUUUGUAACUAUGAAGACACCAGUUCUAUGCUGGUGUGGAUUAAGGAAGCCUGUUUCCUUCUGGAAAGUUGUUUGGGUGUUUGGUGUGGAAUGAUUGCAGCUGUCUGCUAAUAGAGUUGGGUUCUGGAAAUAUGGGUGGAGGUGGACUGGGAUCCUGUCACAGGUUCUAAUGUCAGCCUCCAUUUGUGAAACCUAUGGGAAGGCUUACAGUACUUCCCUACUAGGCUUCAAGUGAAGUUAAAGGGAAGAGUGUUUAAAAAUGUAUAUAUAGAGAUUAUAUCAAGUUCUCCAUGACACCAUGGUGAAAUGUAAACUGUUCAAUGUGACCUACAAUGUGGGUCUUAGUUUCACUGUACAUUUGAAAGCUCUUUCCUUUGGAUGAAGUGUAUAUUUCAGACAGUCACAGUUCUUCAGUUUGGCAAAUAAAGAAAAGUGCGCAUUGA